CGAUCUCCUCCGAGAUCGCUGACAUCAUCGAUGAGCGCGUCUUCUUCUCCUAGGAGCCCACGCGUGUCGCUUUGCUAGCCGGCUAAUUCGGCUGCGCGACCCGUCUUUAUAGCUUCAUUCGUCAUGAAGAGCCGCAUCGGCCUCAUCCAGCGAGUGGCCAAGCAUGCUGCCCACAGUGCGCACAGACAAGCUGUUGUCGACGUCCAGCGCGGAUUGACCAAGACUUACAAGGACCUCCUCGACGAUUCUGUCUUGUUGGCCCGCCGCAUGCAAUCCAAGCACGGCCAUGGUGGUCUUGCUGAAGCGCGAGUGAUCAGCCUGCUCAGUCCCGGCUACCCUUGGGUCAUCACCGCGCUUGCGACCUACCUCGCAGGCGGUGUCCAUGUGCCACUGCUCCACACCAAUCCUGCAGCUGAAUGGGCCUAUAAUGUGAAGGACACUGGUGCGAGCAUGAUAUGCCUGGACGGCCAGGAUGGCGAUCAGGUCGAAAAGGCAAGCAAGCUCAUCAGCGAGCACGACGUCGAAGCUGGACAGCUGUUCAAGAUCAAUGAAGCAGGUCCCUCGGAUGACCUACCCGAAUUGACCGAUGUCGCGCCGGAUGCGCGGGCUUUCAUAUUGUAUACGUCCGGCACGACAGGCAAGCCAAAGGGUGUCGUCUUUUCGCACGAACAGAUUGCGUCUCACCUCGAGGCAAUGGAAGAAGCAUGGCAAUGGUCGUCAAAAGACAAGAUACUACACUGCCUGCCACUUCACCACGCACACGGAAUCGAAAACGCCCUCCUUACCGCACUUUGGGCAGGCGCAACCGUAGAAAUCAUGCCUCGCUUCGAUCCUCAGGCGAUCCUUGACCGGUGGCAAGAUCAACGACGGGACCUGACUCUUUUCAUGGCCGUGCCGACCAUAUAUUCUCGUCUGCUUCAGACUGCGGCAAAGGCAACGGACCAGCAGCGAAAGGAUCUGCGCGCUGCAUGUGACCAAUUCAGGCUUCAGAUAUCAGGCUCUGCGCCUCUGCCUACGACAACAAAGCAACGAUGGAAAGAGUUUAGCGGCUGUACACUGCUCGAACGGUACGGCAUGAGCGAGACAUCAAUGAUUCUGUCAUGCGGCAUCGACAUCGCCACUCGCAUUGACGGACACGUUGGGCACCCUAUGCCCCGCCAGCAAGUCAGACUCUGGAAUGAAGAUCAGCAACAGGACGUCACAGAUCGACUCGACACCCCUGGUGAGAUCCAAAUCGCCGGAGCUUCUGUUUUCAAAGAGUACUGGCAGAGGCCGGAAGCUACCGCAAAAGAGUUCACUUCAGACGGCUGGUUCAAGACGGGCGAUCUAGCACAACGCUCGAGCCAAUUUGAUGGCUCUUACAGGAUCCUCGGCCGCAACAGUACGGACAUCAUCAAGUCUGGAGGGGAGAAGAUCAGUGCUCUGGAAGUAGAACGUGCUCUGCUCGAUCUGAAGUACGUCAAGGAUGCCGCAGUCGUGGCAGUGCCGGACGACAAGUGGGGCGAGGUUGUGGGCGCGGUGCUGGUGUUGACAGCGUCGAGCCAGUCCAUCGAUAUCAAGUCUCUGAGGCAAGAUUUGCGCCAAACUCUGGCUGCAUACAAGCUGCCCCAGAGAAUUAAGAUCUACGACGAGAUUCCACGCAAUGCAAUGGGUAAAGUGCAAAAGAAGCCGCUUUCACGCACUGCUUUCCCGCCAAGCAGUCAGACAGCAAAGCUAUGACAGGAUGCUGCUGCAAAUAGAGUGUACAACAUAUCACCGAAGCAGAACGACAACAGUCACUCAUGCCGGGUCUGGUUUGCUCGCCUGAGGUGGUGGACAGCAGCUUCCGUCCGCACAGUCAGCCGACACGCACUGCACGUAGCAUGAAUCCUGGCCAAGAUUGCAUCAGCAUAGAAGACCUCUUAUGCACAGCAACUCACGUCGACUGCUUCGACUUCGCUCAGGGUUGCUAGCUGGCCGACGGUUGGCUUUGUGGGCCUUAUCCUCUGCUCGCCUAUUAUUUCGGGCUGUAU